AUGAAAUACACUAAACAAGAGUGGUACACGCCGGCCGAGGUAGCCGUUCACAACAAGGCGACAGAUUGUUGGGUUUCCGUCAACGGAAAGGUCUUGGACUUAACUUCCUGGUUGCAGGAUGAGUUCAGAGUGUGCAAGUGCAUUAAGGCAUGCUCGUGUAAAAUCAAGAACUGGUACUGCGAAGAUGAUUGCGUGGAAACCUGCCCUUGCUUCAAGCGAGGGUUCCCGUAUUGUGACAGAAAGAGGCGAGCAAUGACGAUCCUAGCUUACGCCGGAAAGGAUCUGAGCCACUGGUUUAAAGGAGAUGAAUGGAUUCAGUACACCCACCCGAUUGUGGGCUGCACAACGACUUACCAGCGCCACGGUCACAGCCACCAGCAGCCGGUUGUACCGUCGACACGCUGGCGUCCUCUUACCAAGCCAUGGUGGCAAGACGAAAGCCUUGCAGUCGGAAAAGUUACGGCCAAAACUAGACCGAUACGGAUCACUAACUCUUUGACUGGUUCUACAGUGACCCUUGAGGUUUGCUCGGAGGAAACAAUCUAUCAGAUAAUGAUGCGUUAUCUCCGUCACAACUCUCACAUGAUGUCUUACACUUGGCGUUACCUCGGACGAUCCAUAAAAUACAACAAAACUUUAUCCGAGAACGGCAUACCAGACGAAAGGGAGAAAUUUAGUAACGUGGCUCUGCCUGAAAACUUUUAUAUUCCUGCCCUUAUGAUUUACUAUGACGAUGAUUUAACUGAAGAUCCUCCGAAAGACUUCUUUAGAAAUGAACGUCAUGACGAAAACUGUAAAUGCAAAGAUAAAGAUUGCUCACAAGCGUUUGAGCUGUGCAAUCAGUGA